AUGCAGAUGCCAUCGCGCAAGAAGUCCAAGUCUUCUAAGACGAAGUCAGCGAGUCAUCCACCAGCAAAGAAAAAUGGGAACAAGACGAAGACAUCAGCUAAGACAGCAGCCAAGACAUCAGCUAAGACAGCAGCUAAGACAACAGCUAAGACAUCAGCGAAGACAUCAGCCAAGACAACAGCUAAGACAGCAGCUAAGACAUCAGCGAAGACAGCAGCCAAGACAACAGCUAAGACAACAGCGAAGACAUCAGCCAAGACAGCAGCUAAGACAGCAGCUAAGACAACAGCCAAGACAGAUCCAAAGACAACAGUCAAGAGAACGUCUCGAGCCGCUCCAGCCAAUCCUGUAUCUAUCGCUGCUUCUCAGGUGAUGUCGACAGGAAAACGGAAGCAACCAAGCGAAGUCGAAAGUAAUUCACGGAAGAGAGCCAAGGGGCCUCAAGACCAGAGGUCGACCUCCAAGUCGCCGCCCAGCCCCUCCAAGGCAGGACAGAGCAAGAAGUCGGAGCCGAGGAGCAAAUCGAAGAGCACGGCAAGCAAGCAGGACCUGAAAGCUUCUCAAGACCCUCCAAAGGCAGCGGAAGCGCCCAAGAGAAGUCCAGCUGGACGUUCAUCCAGAGACGCGGAGAAGUCAAAGGCAUCGGGGAUCACAUCUAAGAUGUCCAGCAAGACUCCAGCUGAAAGGCAGAGGAGCAAGGUGCCCUUGAAGAAGACGAUCCAGAAGGCGAGAAGCAGCAGCGCUCACUCGCUCCCUCCUCCUCCUCAGGCAGGCAAGAACCUGCAGCUGAAGCCCAGCAGGCAGCGCAAAGCUGAUGACAAGCUCACCCCACAGCUGGAGGAGCAGAAACCAACGCAGACCAAGAAGAUCGCGAGCAAGUCAGGGAAGGAGACGAGCAAGGGUCCAGCAGGGAAGAUUGAAGAGAACGAAAGCUCCAAGGCUGAUGGAAGAAAGGAGGAAAGUGGAAGUCGAGAAGGAGAAAUGCUUGGGGAGAGCGCGAAGGAGGAAGCGAAAGCUUUCUACAAGUACUCGCACUCGGGCUGCAAGUCGAAGACUCGCUUCAGGAACGCGUGGAGCGAGGAGGAGAAGGAAGCUCUCAUUGCAGGCGUCGAAAAGUUCGGCAGGUGCUGGGCGGCGAUUCUGAGAGCCAACGCGGAAAUCUUUCACCCUGCGAGGACACAGGACAAGUGGAGAGGCCUGAGGCAGCCGCCCAAGGAGACGGUGAGAGGGUACGGGGCGAGCACGCACUUCCGAGCCAAAGUAGAGGGAGCGAGCCAUGCGCGCGUGCGGUGGACGGAAAAGGAGGAGGAGAUGCUCGCCAAGGGCGUGUCACAGUUCGGGCCCAAGUGGACUGCCAUCCUUACCAACCUGCCUGGAUUCCACGCAUGCCGAACGUCGGUUGACCUCAAGGAUAAGUGGCGCAACAUGGAGAAGAUGAAAAGUAGGCAGCAAUGA